AUGGUGAUUGACAACAAUUCGGUGUCUUCUUCUCUUACUACCGCAUACACUGAUGAAUUGCCCACCAAUUCUCUACAUAAGCAACAAUGCAAGCCGAUUUUGUAUUGCACUCAUUGUCAUCGUACGGGUCACGAUUACGGUCGAUGUUUUCUUGUUCAUGGCCUACCCGAAUGGUGGCUGAACAAAUAUGGCCGCUCGGCUGCUUCUCCAUCGGAGACCGGUGCUGCUGAUCCUACUGCUCUACCUCCUAAUGUUCUACCUGCUACUGCCCCAUCUGCCGCUGCUACUCUGCCCCUACGCUACUGCUCUACUGCAGCUGUGAUAACUCGUGUUGUAGAGGACAUCCACAGGCAGUCCGUGGCAACCCCUGCCAGCCACAGGCAGCCCGUGGCCUCUACUGCCACAGUUGCCCCUUCUCUCCCUACUCAAGCCGCUGCUGCUAUUGUUCUGCUUACAUCCGCUGCUCCUACUUCUUUGUCUUGGAUCAUAGACACGGGUGCAUCUCAUCAUGUUACCGGCGAUGAGUAUUCUCUACAAGACGUUCAAUCAAUUAUCCCCUAUCCCGUUGGUCUUCCCGAUGGUGCUAAGGCCUUGGCUACUAAGGAGGGUCGUGUUGUCUUGGAGGAUGGCAUUACUCUUGAAAAUGUUCUAUUUGUUCCGCAAUUAAAUUGCAAUUUGAUUUCGGUAUCUAAGUUGAUUGAUGAUUCUAAUUGCUUUGUCCGAUUCACUAAUUCUCUUUGUGUUGUACUGGAUCAAUCCUCGGGGAGCUUAAUUGGAGGUGGUGAAUGGAUAGAUGGACUAUAUUAUUUCCGGCGUCUCCCAAAAGUAUGUGCACUCCCGGGUCCGGAGAUUUCUACAUUUGAGUUGUGGCAUCGUCGUUUGGGGCACCCAUCGGAAAAAUUGUCAAAUUGCUUCCUGCUAUUCGAGGUACUACUGACCCGAGCCAGUUCUGAUAGUGAUAGUUGUGCUAGUCGUAUUCUUGAAAUGAUACAUUGUGAUUUGUGGGGACCAUCUAACACGACUUCUACUUGUGGUGCUCAUUAUUUCUUGACGAUUGUUAAUGAUUUUUCACGUGGCGUUUGGCUUUAUUUAUUGAAUGACAAAACCGAAGUUCUUUUUGCUCUUUCUUUGCUAUGGAAGUGUGUGUUUGUGGGUUAUCCUCAUGGCAAGAAGGGUUGGAAGUUUUAUGAUUUGGAAACCGGUGAUAUUUUUGUUUCCCGUGAUGUUAAAUUCCAUGAGAAUGAAUUCCCGUUUGUGAAAGAUGGUGAUUCGGUUUCUUCUACUGUGGGUGUCGAGAGUGUGCCUAAUGACUAUGUUGGUGUUGAUCACAAUUUUCUUGAUGAUUUGGAAUAUGUAUUUGAGGUUGGUGAGGCUGUUGAUACGGUAGUUGAGCCUGGUAAUUUCAAGGAGGCAAUGCAAGAUGAGGGGUGGAAAGCGGCUAUGCAAACAAAAAUUGAUGCAUUAGAAAAAAAUGGCACAUGGUAA